AUGGCACUCUACGGUGUCGACGGUGAGUAUGCCGGUUGGGUAUACAAGCAAGGAUCCCUUGUAAAGAACUGGAAAAAACGCUUUAUGGUACUGCAUGGACGACAAUUGACGUACUAUAAUACAGCAAAGGUGACACCAAUGGUCAAAGCGAAAGGAAGCUUCCAGGUUAUCACAGUGGAGCUAAGUACUGACAUUCAGAACGGACUACUGGUGCACGGUCGUGGCGGUCGCGUACUGAAGCUCUAUACGGCAUCGGCCGAGACUACUAGCACCUGGUAUAACAUGAUCUUGGAAGCUACUAUGGUAGCCCCACAGCAGUUCAUGUCGGCGCCUCCUGAUCGGCUUUCGACAUUAUCGACCAACAACACGCUCAAAUCCGUGAAUAGCGGAGGCCUAAACGACGAGACGGUGCUACGGAACCGCGUCGAGUCUUUGUCUUUGACUGAAGACAGUAUGGGACAGGUAACACACUCGGGCUGGCUUAAGAAGGAAGGCGCACGUGUUAAGAGCUGGAAACGCCGCUACUUUGUGCUGCGUGGAAACGCGCUGUCAUAUUUUGAUUCAGAAGACACGGGCGCGACGGCCAAGGGGCACGGCCAUGUGCGAGCUGUAGAAGUGAACGACACAGUAUUGAAGGGUCUGGACAUCACAUUUGACAAUGGACGAGUAUUGCGUGUUUCAGCGAAAGACAGUGAGGAGAUGGAAUUGUGGCUUUGCAAGCUGAGCGACGCCAUUGAGGCGGCUAACGCGGAACAGAACAAUGUACGGCAAUCGCUGGCGGUGCGUAAUUCUCUCCACUCGUUGUCAAUCCAUAGACCAUCGCCGACGAGGAUUAAUCAGCAAUAUCAGCAGCAACAAAGUAUGCAGCACAAUGGGAAGCGGCAUUCAAUAGCAGUUGUGCCGUCGAAGCCGAUGGGAAUAGUUGUCAAAGUGUCUGAAUUGCCGCAGCGUCACACUAUGUACGGGAAGCAGUCACAGCUGUCGUCGGGUGACUCGUGCAUCUCCUCUGGCCUGUCGUCACAGUUUUCGGCUUCCAGCUCAUACAACCACUCGAACUCCUUCCCCGAUGAUGCUGUUCCAGUGGCAAGACCGGUUGCGCACAUAGAUGGCGCUUUGAACUCACAGUCCUCAUCAGGCUCCACCUUAUUUGAUAGCGAUGACGAGUAUGACAGUGACGAUAGCGAAGGCGACUGGAUUUAG